AUGAGACUUCUUUCUAGAGCUGCACCGAGGCCGUGUCUGCCUCAGCGGAGCUGCACGUCGCUGGGAAGGCGCCACCUGACCAACAAUGGCUUCUUCCGCGUCUCGGAGGAGGUGCGAGAAGCUCUGAACUCGAAGAAGCCGGUUGUCGCGCUGGAGUCGACAAUCUACACUCAUGGCUUCCCGUACCCCGAGAAUGUAGCUCUCGCAUCCCUCCUCGAAAGCGUAGUCCGAGUCAAUGGCGGUGUGCCUGCCACCAUAGGCAUUUUAGACGGUGUAGCACGCGUGGGCUUGGAUCCAGAAGAGCUGAUCCGGCUCACCGAGUCUGCUGGCCAGUCAACGACCCUGAAGUUGUCCAGACGGGAUCUGAGCUAUGUCGCCGGUCUGCGGCUGACGGGCAAGAUGUUCAAUGGCGGCACUACAAUCGCAAGCACCAUGUUACUCGCUGAGUUGGCUGGAAUCAAGAUCUUUGGCACAGGAGGCCUUGGUGGCGUACACCGCGGUGCAGAGUCGAGCAUGGACAUCUCUGCUGACCUGACCGAGCUGGGCAGAACGCCUGUCACUGUCAUCUCGAGUGGCUGCAAGAGCUUUUUGGAUAUUGCCCGGACCCUUGAGUACCUCGAGACCGAGGGCGUGGGUGUUGGCACUUUCGCAGACGGCCGCGAGGGCAAGGUAGACUUCCCGGCCUUCUGGUCGAGGGACAGUGGCGUCAAGAGUCCAACGACCAUCAAGGACGAGAUUGAGGCUGCUGCUAUCGUUCAUGCACAACAUGAGAUGCAGAUCAGGUCUGGCCUGCUCUUUGCCAACCCCGUACCAGUCGAAGCCGCUAUCCCUAAGGCCGAGAUGGAUGUAGUCAUCGAGGAAGCUCUCAGACAAGCCAACGCACAAGGCGCAUCGGGCAAGGACAACACUCCCUUUGUCCUGGCCAAGGUCAAGGAGCUCACCAAAGGCAAGAGCAUUCCAGCAAACAAGGCAUUGAUCGAGUCCAACGUGAGGAGAGCUGCCAUCGUUGCCCGCGAGCUGUCAAUCCUGGAGAAGAAGCAAGAAGAAGCCCAAGGAUAUGGCUCCUACUUCACUCCAGUGCAGAGCGCCAUCACUACUGCCAAGGAGGUGCUGAACAAUGUGAUGCCCACACCUCCUCCAACCCCUACCACUACAUCGCCGUCCAUCUCUGAUGCUGCACCCGUCGACAUCGUCGUUGCAGGUGCACUUGCCGUUGACUUCUCCUGUGACUACGCUCCCUUCGCCAACGCCUCAAGCCAAACCGACCCGCUACCUCACACUUCCAACCCAGCAGUAAUCAGCCAGAGCCUAGGCGGCGUAGCCCACAACAUCGCCAAAGCCGCGCACCUCCUCGGCUCCUCCGUACGCCUUUACAGCGCAGUCGGCAACGACCUCAGCGGCCGAGCAGCAGUGAGCCAACUGGAGGAAGAAGGCAUGUCGACGAUGGGCAUCGAGACACUCCCCGCGCCCGCCCGCACGGCGCAAUACGUCGCCAUCAACAACGCACACAAAGACCUCGCACUGGCCAUGGCCGACAUGUCGAUUCUCGAGACCAUCCCGCAAGACCUGACCACCUCGCUGUCCAAAACGCUCUUCGCAGAUCCCGCCACGAAACCCAAAGUCUUCGUCGCAGACGCAAACUGGUCCUCCCCCGCCCUGCACACCUGGCUCUCCACCGCCUCGUCCGCAGGAAGCACGACCAUCUUCGAACCCGUCAGCACCGCCAAGGCCCUACGCAUAUUCCCCUCGGACAGCUCGUCUACACCUACAUCAAUAUCAACCUACCCUUCCCCGCUGGCGCACAUCAUCACGCCGAACAACCACGAACUAACUGCACUCCACGCCCACGUCUACUCCCUCGGAUUAUUCGAAACCGCGCCCUGGUUCCGCACCAUCGACGCCCUGGGCAUCCCCAGCUCGGGCCUGCGCGUCCCGCUCGCGAUGCUGACCUCCAGCGCGCUAGUCGAUGCCGGUGUCCCGCAGCAAGCGAUCAAACUGCUGCCUUUUUUCCCUACUGUUCUGACCAAAUUGGGGCCGCAGGGCGUUCUAGUGACGCGGCUGCUGGCGAACGACGCGCAUGAGUUGCGCGAUGAGAGCGAGCGGCAGUACAUCGUUGCGAGGAGAAAGAACGGCGAUGUCGAGGCGGAUGUUGGGGGUUUGUAUGUUAGACUUUUCCCUGUGGAGAAGGUGUUGAAACCCGAGGAGGUGGUUAGUGUGAAUGGGAUUGGGGAUACGUUCUGCGGCGCGCUGGCUGUGGGGUUGGCCAGGGGGAAGAGGGUGCAGGACGUUGUUAGUUUCGCGCAGAGCGCAGCGAGCUUGAGUCUGAGGAGCCGCGAGAGCGUGAGCCCCGGGUUACGGAGUUUAACGGGGGCGGUGGAGAGGCUGUAG